AUGCGGCUGCUGGUGCAUAUACUCCUGGGUCUUGUGAUCCAAGCAAAGGAGCCCAAGUGCAGCCUAUUGGGCCAAGCAGAGCUACCUGAAUACGAAAAAGAUGGAGACUUUGUCAUUGGGGGAAUUUUUUCCUUCCGCACUGAGCAAGAUCGAAUAGUGGACACUUUCAUCAAUAUGCCAGAUAGACGCCAAUGCAAAAAUUUCAAUUUCAGAGAAUUCAAGUUUGCUCAUACUGUUAUUUUUGCAAUAGAAGAAAUAAACAGAAACCCUGAUAUUUUGCCUGGGAUCUCUUUGGGAUACAAGAUUUAUGAUGACUGUGGCACCAUGGAUAUACUAAGGGCAGCCAUGAAUUUGAUAAAUGGUCAGCAGAGGACAGAAAACUGUACUAAACCAGAUGCCAUACAAGCAAUAAUUGGACAUUCUGGGUCAACACCAACAAUAGGAUUUGCCAGAGUAAUUGGGCAGUUUCAGAUACCAGUGAUCAGCCACUUUGCAACAUGCCCUUGCUUGAGUAACAGAAAAGAGUUCCCUUCCUUCUUCAGAACCAUUCCCAGUGAUUACUACCAGAGCAGAGCUCUAGCUCAACUUGUCAAACACUUUGGCUGGACCUGGGUUGGAGCCAUAAGCAAUGCAAAUGAUUAUGGCAUCAAUGGGAUGGCUGGUUUUAUGAGAGCAGCAAAAGAGGAAGGAGUGUGUAUUGAGUAUAAUGAGGCUUUUGAAAUAACAGGACCAAAACAUGAGCUUCUAAGAAUAGUAGAUGUCAUACAAAACUCCACAUCAAAAGUGAUUGUUACCUUCAUGUCUCACAGGGAGAUCAAAGUGUUAGUGGCAGAACUGCACCGACAAAACAUUUCUGGUCUGCAGUGGGUUGGCAGUGAAGCAUGGCUCACAGAUGAUUCCCUUACAGACAGUGAAGGGCACACAGUUCUCAUUGGAUCCAUUGGAUUUACAGUCAGCAAGGCACAGAUUCCCGGUCUGGGACCUUUUCUACAGAGCCUACACCCUUCCAAGUAUCCUAACAGUCUUUUCCUGAGAGACUUCUGGGAAUCUGUCUUUGACUGUUCUUUGAAUCCACCAAUGGAAAAUGAUGCCAGAAAACAGUGCAAUGGAUCUGAGCAUCUCAAAAAUGUCAAAAAUCAGUUUACUGAUGUGUCUGAACUAAGGUUUAUCAAUAACGUUUAUAAAGCUGUUUAUGCUGUGGCACAUGCAUUACACAAUAUCCACACCUGUCAGCCUGGAAAAGGGCCCUUUAUCAAUGGCACCUGUGCUAUACCCACACAGAUUCAAUUAUGGCAGGUUUUGCAUUACCUGCAAUCUGUGAAUUUUGCCAUGCCCGAUGGUGAGCAAAUGUUUUUUGAUAGCAAUGGAGAUUCACCAGCAAGAUAUGAAUUGAUAAAUUUAAGAAACAUCAGAAAAGGAACCACAGACUUUGACAUAAUUGGCCGUUAUGAUGGGUUCUUGCCUAAAGAUCAGCAGUUCAGAAUGACUAACAUAAACAUUAAGUGGGGCGGAGGGCACAAAGAGGUGCCUGUGUCUGUGUGCAGUGAGAGCUGUCCUCCGGGCACUAGGAAGGCUGUACAGAAAGGCAGGCCUGUCUGCUGCUACAACUGUGUACCAUGUCCACCAGAUACUGCUGAUUGUAUGCAGUGCUUAGGCGAGUACUGGUCCAACAAGAGAGGAGAUGCCUGCAUCCCAAAAGAGAUAGAAUACUUGUCAUAUCAUGAGGUGAUGGGGAUACUACUAGCAUGGUUUGCUUCAUUAGGAGCCCUCUUCACAUUGAUGACUGCAAUCAUUUUUUAUUUCCACAGAGAGACACCUAUUGUUAGAGCCAAUAACUCAGAGCUGAGUUUCCUGCUGCUCUUCUCACUGACUCUGUGUUUCCUUUGCUCUCUUACUUUCAUUGGUCGGCCCUCUGAGUGGUCCUGUAUGUUGCGUCACACAGCGUUUGGGAUCACCUUUGUUCUCUGCAUCUCCUGUGUUCUGGGGAAAACAAUAGUGGUGUUAAUGGCCUUCAGAGCCACUCUUCCAGGCAGUAAUGUCAUGAAGUGGUUUGGGCCUCUGCAACAGAGACUCAGUGUUCUUGGCUUCACUCUCAUACAAGUGCUUAUAUGUGUCCUGUGGUUAACUAUAUCCCCUCCCUUUCCUUACAGAAACAUGAACCUUUAUCAGGAAAAGAUUAUUCUUGAGUGUGAGCUUGGGUCAGCUGUAGGUUUCUGGGCGGUUUUGGGUUACAUAGGAAUCCUUGCUGUCAUGUGUUUCAUACUGGCCUUCCUAGCUCGCAAACUUCCUGAUAACUUUAACGAGGCCAAAUGUAUCACUUUCAGUAUGUUGAUAUUCUGUGCCGUCUGGAUCAGCUUCAUACCAGCUUAUGUCAGCUCUCCUGGAAAACUUACAGUGGCAGUGGAGAUAUUUGCUAUUUUAGCUUCAAGUUCUGGUUUAUUAUUUUGUAUUUUCCUACCAAAGUGCUAUAUUAUUUUACUAAAACCAGAUUUGAACACUAAAAAACAUGUAAUUGGAAAAACAUCCAGUGAUAUUCGAUAUUAA